AUGAAGUACUCUAUCACCUCUACCUUCCUCGGGCUCGCGGCUGUGACUCAGCUCGCAUCUGCCAUCGUCCUCCCUACGCAGCAGGACCAGUUUAAGGCCCUCUCUGGUGAUGCCUCAGAUAGCUUCAUGACACAGGAUGUCGGGAGUGAAAUGAGACUGGUGCAGCUUAGUCCUAUGGAGAUGAAGUGGAUUACCGAGGACGAGAAGAUGGAGCUGAUCAGGAAUGGUCGUAACUUCAUGGAUAUCACCGAUAACCAGGACCUUGGAUACACGAACGCCUUCCAAGAGGCAUCCAAGCCACGUAAGGGGAAGGUCGAGUUCCCACCGAAGCCCCAGUUCCAGGAGCUUGUUACACCGCUUCUGGGUAACUUGACCAAGAGUAACAUGCAGGCGAACCUGGAGAAGUUUACCAGCUUCCACACCAGGUACUGCAAGUCGGACUACGGCAGACAGUCUUCUGAGUGGCUCCUAAACCGGAUCAAUGAGACCGCGGCCCACCUUCUUCCUUCGAUCGAGCUGAGACCCUUCAAGCACUCGUGGCAGCAGGCGUCCAUCAUUGCCUCAAUCCCUGGAAAGAGCAAGAAGACUGUUGUGAUUGGUGCUCACCAGGAUUCGAUUAACCUUUACUUCCCCUCAUUCCUCCGUGCCCCGGGUGCCGACGAUGACGGUUCUGGAACUGUCACUAUCCUAGAGGCAUUCAGAGUGCUGGUUGAGUAUCUUGCCGACACGGGUAUCCAGCUUGAGAACACUGUUGAGUUUAUGUGGUUCAGCGCUGAGGAGAUUGGUCUUUUGGGAAGUCAGGCCAUCUUCAGCCAGUAUGAGAAGGAAGGCCGUGAGGUUGUCGCCAUGUUGCAGCAGGAUAUGACUGGCUUUGUCCAGAAGACCCUCGAUGCCGGAAAGCCCGAGAGUGUUGGUGUCAUCACCGAUUACGUCGAUGAGGGUUUGACAGAAUUCAUCAAGGAGGUCAUCACCGAGUACUGUGACAUCCCGUACGUCUUGACCGAAUGUGGCUACGCGUGCUCUGACCACGCCAGUGCUAGCAAGGCUGGAUACCCCAGUGCUUUCGUAAUUGAGAGUGCCUUCUCUGAAUCUGAUGACCAUAUCCACACCACCGAGGACAAGAUUGAGUACCUCAGCUUCGACCACAUGCUCCAGCACGCCAAGUUGACUCUUGGUCUUGCUUACGAGCUCGGUAACACCGACUUUGGCGGAAAGAAGGAGCACAAGGGACACAAGGAGCACGAAUUGUAA